AUGCGCUUCUGGUGCAAGGUGAUCGCAUUUGCCCGAUCAUGCAGUGUGACAACUGCUUGGACCGUAGAUUACAAUCAGCUCCAGCCUAAUGACAAUAGCACGGCUGCAGUUAGAGACGUGGACGGUCAUGUCGAGAACAUCAUCAAUAUUCCUGGAUCGGCAGAAUACAUUGCCUUGAUGCAAGAGUUGACCACUCACCCUAAUCGACUACGUCCACCGAUUCUAAACACCUUUUCACAUCAAUUUCGAUUUCUUCUCAAAAUCGUCCAGCGGCGGAACAAUCUCUUCCUCGGUCGUCCUGGGUCCACAAAUGCCGCUACGCUGGGAUCCAUGCUCAGAAUGCUUCGUUCAGAGACCGAGUCUCGUCUCUCAAUCUCGAUCACGACAAUCGGCCUUGCAAUCCCCAAUGCGGCUUUUGCAUCCCAUGAAGAAGUGAACGACGCGCUCGUGUACGCCGGUCUCAAGCCACUUCCCAAACGGGCGAUCCACGACGGUGAUUUCAACGCUGUGUACGCUGCCCACGGGUAUGGGCUGUGUGCCACAUAUGCGGAUCCUUAUAAGUGCGAGAAAGAGGAAAAUGCAAUGAAAGAUGGUGAUGAGUUGUUACAUCUCGACUAUACCAAUAGAACUCUGUCUGCUAACACUGAUUGGAUCAAAAUGGCACGGUCUAAGUACGCAGCGACGAACAUCGUAGAUUGGGAACUUGGAAGUGAUCAGAAAGGGACGAGUGGGUAUUGGGAGAACGUUAAAGAGCGGGUAAGAAGGUUGAAGGGAAAGAAGGAGUUUACGCAACUUCUGCUGUCCGGCGAGAGGGCUGGAGAUGAAGAUUUCUUGGAGACGGUGAAGGAUGCUCUUUGGGACGCGGAGGUAGAGGUCAGAGAACAGGACAUUGAUUUCAGGUUUGUAGUAGCUCGAGGAGCGGCGGAGAUGCAGUGGAGAAGGCAGAGAGGUUGGUUGGAUUGUGUGCAGCCGAAGUAUUGUCGUGAGAAGACGGUUUGGGGAAGAUUGAUAGGGAGGUUUUGGAGGAUGUUUGAGUUGUGGCCGAACUAG